AUGGUCUGUCGGAUAACAGCCUGGCGAGUGGUGUACACGGUGAUAAUUAUUAUGGCCACCCUUCCGUUCGCCUUUACAUGUGCCGGUUUGGCAACAAAUGAAGUGCAUUUGGAUUGCGAGGAUGACUCAAAAACGGGAUUUAAGGGAAGGACUACCACUCCAGUGAUAGAAUAUUUUAAGGAACAUGAAGUCAGUGAAAAAGACUCGCGAAUGGCCUUGGAAGCAUUAAAUCUGGAUGAGGUUACUAAAGUUCCUGCAUGGUGCGACGAAUGUGGGAUUGAAAAAAUCAACUUUUGCCAUUCGACUGCUUUCAUAAACGAUCACUGUUGCUGUGAACAUCGUCAUGCGAGGGAAAAACUGCCAUGGAUUCCGCACACUUGCUAUGUAGGGAAGGAACGGUGUCAGCCGCAUACCAGUUCCUGCAGCAAAUAUCGUGAGAUUCGUGAAUGCUGUUGCGAUCGACUGCUAAUAGGUGAAUACGCAGCGAAAUUCUCCGCAGGAACGCGCACCUGUACUAGAAGUCUAGUGGCCAGCUGGGUUCUGUCAGUAUUUUGGAUAACUGCGGCAAUGCGUUACUUAAGUUAA